CGGUAGAAAUCCUCGGUGAUUCCUCGGUGGCCCUUGCAGGCUUGCAGCAGUGCAGCUUCCCCAACCAAUAGCUAUCAAAACUCCUUUUCACGUGCAAGGGCAAAACUGAGCCCUGCCUCUCCGCCGUUCGAAGAGAAACAUCUCAUCUCUAUCUUCUCCCACGGAAAGCCCUAGCCAAAGGGCAUAGAGUUGGACCAUAUCAAAUGUCAGAUCCGUACAAGAGAGUGAAAGGAGGGAGACUGACCUUCAAAGGUGGAAGUCUUGCGAGUGGCAGCAAAUCCAUUGACAAGAAGAAACAGAGGAAGAAGAAUAAGAAUAAGAACCCCAAGAGCAAUGAAUCUGAGCUGUCAAUUCCGUUAGAUGCGGAGGCAGAGAUUCUGGAUGCUGAUGCAGGUGAUGAAUCUGGAAAUGCAGGAGGAGAACAAGUACUUUACACAAUUGACGCAGCCAAGCGCAUGAAGUAUGAGCAGCUCUUCCCUGUGGAGGCCAAGAAGUUUGGUUACGAUCCAAAGACCACUUCCAAGUCUAUUGAGGAAGUUCUAGAUGACCGUGUUAAGAAGAAGGCCGAUCGUUACUGUAAAUAGAAUCAAUGUUAAGAGUCCAGACAUAUACUUCGUUGGGUUCCCCAUAUAUGUGGAUGCAUUCAUGCAGGAAUGUGGUGUCUUUUCUACCGGAAAGGAUGGGCUGAGAUUGCAGAGAAUUCUCCAGAAAAUCUCCGGAAGUUUGUCCCAGAUGUAGUUUGAAAAGAACACUAUUUGCUUUGUACCUGACCCAAGUAAAGACGUCAAUCAUGUGUUUACCUUGUUAACUCUUCGUACUGUUAUCCUCGUAGACCCUAGUUAA